AGCAGAGGAAAAAAAAAGCCAACAAAAAAAAAACUCAUCUCUCCUGCAUCGCCCCGUCAAACCUGGGAGUGGAGUGACAAAUUUCUCGUCGUUUUUUCCGGAUUUCGAGGUGUGGUUGCCGUUUAUCGCUGCGAAUUAAACCCGUACAUCGGUUCCGCGACAACCCCGGGGGACGUAUUUGUAGAUUGUAGGUGCGGACACGUUCGGUAGUGGUAGCUUUCGAUUGUUUUCUGAAACGGUAGCGGCAGCAGUAGGCGAAAAUGUCCGGAAGAUUGCCAGCCUGUGUCAUCGACGUCGGAACGGGCUACACAAAGUUGGGCUUUGCGGCCAACAAGGAGCCCCAGUUUAUCAUUCCGUCGGCGAUCGCCAUCAAGGAGACGGCCAAGGUGGGCGACCAGAGUGCCCGCCGGGUGACCAAGGGCGUCGAGGAUCUGGACUUUUUCAUCGGCGAUGAGGCGUUUGACGCGACCGGGUACUCGGUUAAGUACCCCGUGCGCCACGGACUGGUCGAGGACUGGGACCUGAUGGAGCGCUUCCUGGAGCAGUGCAUCUUCAAAUACUUGCGCGCCGAGCCGGAAGACCACCACUUCCUGCUGACGGAACCGCCACUGAACACGCAGAACCGCGAAUACACCGCGGAGAUCAUGUUCGAGACGUUCAACGUGCCGGGGUUGUACAUUGCGGUACAGGCCGUGCUGGCCCUGGCCGCCAGUUGGGCGUCCCGUCCGGUGGAGGAGCGUACCCUUACGGGAAUCGUCGUCGACAGCGGGGACGGUGUGACGCACGUCAUUCCGGUGGCCGAGGGCUACGUGAUCGGAUCCUGCAUCAAGCACAUCCCGAUCGCCGGUCGUAACAUUACGUCCUUCAUCCAGAGCUUGCUGCGGGAGCGCGAGGUCGGCAUUCCGCCCGAGCAGAGCCUCGAGACGGCCAAGGCCAUCAAGGAGCGCUUCUGCUACAUCUGUCCGGACAUUGCGAAGGAGUUUGCCAAGUACGACGCCGAGCCGGCCAAAUGGAUGCGCCAGUACGAGGGCAUGAACGCCAUCACGAAGGCGCCGUUCGGCGUGGACGUCGGGUAUGAACGGUUCCUGGGGCCGGAGAUUUUCUUCCAUCCGGAGUUUUCCAACCCGGACUUUACGACGCCGCUGUCGGAGAUUGUUGACACGGUCAUCCAGAAUUGUCCGAUUGAUGUGCGGCGGCCGCUGUACAACAACAUCGUGCUGAGCGGUGGCUCGACCAUGUUCCGGGACUUUGGUCGUCGCCUGCAGCGAGAUAUCAAGCGCAGCGUUGAUGCCCGCUUGAGAAUCAGCGAGAAUUUGAGCGAAGGACGAAUUAAGCCCAAACCGAUCGACGUGUCGGUGAUUUCGCAUCACAUGCAGAGAUACGCCGUCUGGUUCGGCGGUAGCAUGUUGGCCUCAACGCCCGAGUUCUACCAGGUGUGCCACACGAAAGCCGCCUACGAGGAGUACGGUCCGGGCAUUUGCCGUCACAACCCCGUGUUCGGAACCAUGACGUAGUUUUAUCGCCCCUUCUUCUUCUUCUUCGUUGUACUCUGCUUCUAGAAUUGUCUAGGGAAAAAAAACCAGCAAAGGAAACAUUUUUAGGAAACAAACAAAAAACACAAACGUUAAGAGGGUGCUUCUGGCGACCGCCGAUCGUGGACACCGAAAAAAAAACACAAACAUCAUUCCCUUCAAGCAAUUUAAAACUUCUUUCCCCACUUCUACUACUUGCAUGUAAAGUAACGGCAAAUUCUAGCGACAUUAUGAUAUCUGCAUUUGUUAGCUUGCGAUUGUAAUUUUGAGUUAAGUAAUAAACGUUAACAAUUGUUUAUUUUUAAAACCUUCAAUAGUUAAUUACAGCAAUCUUUCACCAAACACAAACUCUAUCUCUCUCUCUCACAUCGAAACACAGAGUAGUAAGAAAACAGUUGCAGACGAGCAAAACCCAAUAGUGAUGGACACAAAACAAUGCCAAAAGUGUAGCAGCAGAAGAGUGUUGCAUUUAAAAUAAAAUCAGCAACUGAGAAAAAAAAUCGUUUAAGGUUAAGCGAACACAGACCCGUUUGUAACACAAAAAGUAUUCCUCUCUACGAGUAAAAUAAAUCGCGCGCGCGUUCAAAAACCCCUCCCAAGGUUUCCCCCCUCUAUUUUAUUCAACUAACAUUAUAUUUUAGGUAGUUUCGAGGUUUAGUUGGAUGACGAAAGCAAAUUUUAAAGGAAACUUUAUCCAACACGCAAAACAGAACAAAACUAGAAAGGUUGCGCUGGCUUCCUCUAGCCAGCAACAGCAGACACUUGAUUGAACAAUCGCAAUUUCGAUUCAAACUAUGGGAUAUAAAUCAAAUAUGUAAACGUAAUCUAGGUAAUAAAGUUAAAUUUAAAACCAUGAAAA